CGCGGCCCCGCCGGCCCUCAGCGGCUCACUGAUGGAGGGGGUGAAGGAAGUGCAAAUAAGCAAACCCCAAAGUUACAGAGAGGCUGGUGGGACAGGAUAUGAAGGAAAACUUUUCCACUCUGGUGGAAACUUUGUAGAAAGACAGGAAGUGCUGCUGAGGAGGCUGAUACCCAUCAGGAGCAAGGAAAGAUUCUUGUAACCAGUGGCUGUAUGUUCUUAGGCUGAUAAUCUCCUUGAGUCUUUCUACUGAGUAGAAGUUCAGAAUCACAGAACCAUUAUGGUUGGAACAGACCUCUAAGAUCAUCUAGUCAACUCAUCAUCAGAGAUUUGCAUGGCUUAUCCUUCUGGACUCCAAGCUCAACCACAUCACAAAACUUCCACCCGCUCAGCAGCUUUGUCAGUGGAUGGAGCAGAGAAGGCAUUCUGAAGAGAGGCAACGACUGACUCAACUGAAGGGAGAGCACCUGGAGGCACAGGCACGGCUCUGUCUCAUUUAGAAGAGAGUGAAGUUUCUAGUCAUGCCGGUGUGACUCAUUGCUGGGGCCAACUGUGGCUUCCUGGUGAGAGGAAGAAGGAACGUACCCGGGGCUGCAGGGGAGACCUCGGCUCAUUUGGAGGUCUGAGCAGUUUGGAUCUCCCAACAAGCAGUCCUCCUCUUCUUCCUGGUCUCUCUUCUUGGAACCUGACCUGGAUCAUGAGGGAUACAUCUCCUUUCUUCUCCCAUAGAGGACGACACAUAUUUGAUUGCAAUUUUGAGUCUCCUUGUGAGCUGGAAUAUUCCCUUUCCUCGAAAGAUCAGGAAAGCCCCAACAAAGCUUGGUUGAGAGUGAGUGCAGAGGAUAUCUUACAGCUGAACAUCCUGGAUGGACCAGAGAGAGAUCACUCUGAGAAUACACCAAAAGGUUAUUUCCUGUUCCUUAAUGCGUCUGAGAGCCCUGUCAUCCUGAGCCCCUGGCUGAGAAGCAGCAGUGACCAAUGUGUAGUUCAAGUGGCUGUUUAUAAGUUUUUCCAGCAAAGUGGAGAAUAUAUUGUUCGGAUCCUUCCUAUUGAUGAAAGCAGCAGUGAGAUUUUGACAGAGCAGAAUCCAGAAAAACGUGGAUGGGUGCUGCUUCAAAGAAGAGUUGGACAUAUAGAGAAACCAUUUCGGAUCUCAUUGGAGUACAUUGCUAAUGGGAACAAGAGCAUAGCAGCUGUGGAUUCCUUUGCAAUGAAGAACUGCACUGCAGGAGCUGCUUCUGUCUCAAAAAUGGCUCUGGAAGGUUCCUUCAGCUGCUGGAACGGCACAUCAAUCAGGCUGGGCCAGGCAUGUGACUUCAUCAGAGACUGCACUGACGGAGAAGACGAGGGAGCAAUGUGCAGAAAACUUCCUCCUGGCUUUUACUGCUCAUUUGAAGAAGGGGACUGUGGCUGGCUGGAGGGCUCAUCAGUGUCCCAUGCUUCUCCAUGGCGAAUUGGGAGCCUGGAGUACAACCAUUUUCCUUCAGUAGAAGAUUAUGCCCUGAUCCUUGACACCAGCAAAGCACCAGCAGGAGCAAGCACUGUAAUGACCAGCGCUACAUUUCCAACCCCUUUGAGGAACUCCCCCUGUGAGCUACGAAUGUCAUGGCUGAUCCGUGGUGUCUUGCUGGGAAAUAUAUCCUUGGUGCUGGUUGAGAACAAGACGGGGAAGGAGCUGAGCAGGACAUUCUGGCAUUCAGCUAACAGUGAAGGUUUGGGAAUAUGGCAGUGGUUGAUCUUACCUCUCUCAGAUAUACUGGACAGGUUUUGGUUUCAGAUCAUUGCUUCAUGGGAAAGAGGAUCCAAUGCUGUUAUUGCUUUUGACAACGUCUCCCUUAGUCUGGACUGUUUUUUAACAAUCAAUGGAGAGAAGAUAUCUCGAAGUACCACUCCAGACUCAAGCAAUUUGCUCACCAGUAGAAGAGGCCCGAAUAAUUUUGGAUGGGAACAAAAGCUUCUGGGAAAUCUCCAGCUCGGCACUGCCCCCAUUUCUGGUCCAGCAGAUCACUGGCUGUUCACAACAUGUGGUGCUAGUGGAGCCUAUGGCCCCACACAGAGCCAAUGCAACGAUGCCUACAGGAACUCCAACCUCAGUGUGAUUGUCGGAGCUGAGGGGAUUCUCCAAGGUAUUCAAAUCUGGAGAGUACCAGCAACCAACACAUACAGCAUCUCAGGUUAUGGAGCUGCUGGUGGGAAAGGAGGGAAGAACACCAUGGUGAGAUCCCACGGCGUGUCUGUACUGGGAAUUUUUGACCUCCAGAAGGAUGAUACGUUGUAUAUCUUGGUGGGACAGCAAGGAGAAGAUGCUUGCCCUAGUACUAAUGACAUUAUACAGAAAGUCUGCAUUGGAGAGAACAAUGUGAUUGAAGAGGAGAUACGUGUGAACAGAAGUGUCAAUGAAUGGGCAGGAGGAGGUGGAGGCGGGGGAGGUGCAACUUACAUAUUUAAGAUGGAGAAUGGAGAACCAGUCCCCUUGAUAAUUGCAGCAGGAGGUGGUGGCAGGGCCUACAGAGCCAAAACAGACACAUUUCAUCCAGAAAGAUUGGAGAAUGAUUCUUCUGUUCCAGGGCUGAAUGGAAAUUCAGGAGCUGCAGGUGGUGGAGGUGGCUGGAAUGAUAACACUUCCUUCCUGUGGUCAGGAAAAUCCUUGCUGGAAGGUGCUACUGGAGGAAGAUCCUGCCCCCAGGCCAUGAAGAAGUGGGGGUGGGAGACAAGAGGGGGUUUCGGAGGGGGUGGAGGGGGGUGCUCCUCAGGUGGAGGAGGCGGAGGAUAUAUAGGUAAAGUGGCUUCGUGUUCAAGGUGUCCCUUCCCCUCCUUUAGUGCUAAUGGUCAGCAAAAGAAUGCCUCACAUGAUGUAACUUUGCUUUGUACUGAAGAUGGUGGCAAUGCUGCAGAGGACAAUGACCCAGAGAUGGAUGGGGAGGAUGGUGUGUCCUUUAUUAAUCCAAUUGGUACUUUAUACACUCCAGCACUUAAAGUGACAGAGGGGCAUGGAGAGGUGGAUAUUAGGCUGCACCUUAACUGCAGUCACUGUGAGAUGGACGAGUGCCGUGUUGAUCUUGAGACUCAAAAAGUCAUUUGCUUUUGUGAGCCAGGCACAGACUUGGCUGAGGAUGGUGUGUCUUGCAUAGCUGAACCAACGGUUCAUCUCCCUCUCUCCUUGGUUUUGUCAGUAGUGACCUCAGCAUUGGUUGCUGCCUUAAUUUUGGCUUUUUCAGGAAUCAUGAUAGUGUAUCGUCGGAAGCACCAGGAGCUACAAGCCAUGCAGAUGGAGUUACAGAGCCCAGAAUAUAAGCUGAGCAAGCUGCGUACCUCCACUAUUAUGACAGACUACAAUCCCAACUACUGCUUUGCAGGAAAGACCACAUCCAUUAGUGACCUCAAAGAGGUGCCUCGCAAAAACAUCUCCCUCAUCCGGGGUUUGGGCCACGGAGCCUUUGGUGAGGUAUAUGAAGGUCAGGUGGCAGGGAUCCCCAGCGACCCCACUCCCUUGCAGGUGGCUGUGAAAACAUUGCCUGAAGUGUGUUCAGAGCAAGAUGAGCUGGACUUCCUCAUGGAAGCUCUCAUUAUUAGCAAGUUCAAUCACCAGAAUAUUGUGCGUUGUAUCGGAGUGAGCUUGCAGGCGCUGCCCCGUUUCAUCUUGCUAGAGCUCAUGGCUGGAGGUGACCUGAAAUCGUUCCUGAGGGAGACGCGGCCCAGACCGAAUCAGCUUUCCUCCCUCUCCAUGCUGGACUUGCUCCACGUGGCUCAUGACAUUGCUUGUGGUUGUCAGUACCUGGAGGAGAAUCACUUCAUUCACAGGGAUAUUGCUGCUAGGAACUGCCUCCUUACCUGUCGAGGGCCUGGAAGAGUGGCUAAAAUUGGAGACUUUGGCAUGGCCCGGGAUAUAUACAGAGCCAGCUACUAUCGGAAGGGAGGGUGUGCAAUGCUGCCUGUCAAAUGGAUGCCUCCCGAGGCUUUCAUGGAAGGGAUAUUUACAUCAAAAACAGACACGUGGUCCUUUGGCGUAUUGCUGUGGGAGAUAUUCUCAUUGGGAUACAUGCCUUACCCUAGCAAAAGUAACCAGGAGGUUCUGGAAUUUGUAACCAACGGAGGAAGGAUGGAUCCACCUAAAAACUGCCCUGGCCCUGUAUACCGCAUUAUGACCCAGUGCUGGCAGCACCAGCCAGAAGACAGGCCAAACUUUGCCAUAAUCUUGGAGAGGAUCGAGUACUGCACUCAGGACCCAGAUGUCAUCAACACUGCUUUGCCAGUAGAAUAUGGCCCAUCAGUUGAAGAGGAAGAGAAGGUAGCGAUACGCCCAGAAGAUCCAGAAGGAAUCCCUCCUCUCUUGGUUUCCUCGCACCAAGACAGAAAGGAUGAGAAGCAAACCCUGCCAUCUCCACCACCCCUGCCAUCAGCCAUAACUGCAGGAAAAGCUCUAGGGAAAGCAGGAUCCUUGGAGCCAUCAGUCCCUGGGAAGGUGCAGGCAGCCUCAGGUGGGGGACAUAUCAACAUGGCCUACGCCCAGUCCAACCCCCCUUCUGAGCUGCAUAAAGGCCGGGGCUCCAGAAACAAGCCUACCAACCUCUGGAAUCCAACCUAUGGUUCCUGGUUUGCUGAGAAGCAGGCCAGCAAAAACAAACCUCUGCUGGAGAAAGAGAUGCCUGAGAGGAAGAACUUAGGACACGAAGGAAACUGUACUGUGGGGCCCAACAUAGUGACUGGCAGGCUACCAGGCUCCUCCCUGCUAUUAGAGCCAUCUUCCCUAACAGCAAGCGUUAAAGAAGUGCCUCUCUUUAGGCUCCGUCACUUCCCCUGUGGGAAUGUCAACUAUGGAUACCAACAGCAGGGCUUGCCUUUGGAAGCCUCCACGCCACCCUGUGCUAGCAGUUAUGAGGACCCCACCCUUAGAAACAAGAACCACAUAUCCCAGCAGGGGCCUUGAGAGCCCUCUACCCUCUUGACUUUCCCCCCUGUAGUCCCAAGCCUUGAAGAAAUAUCCUGUUACCCAGUACACCACGAGCAAGUGAUGUGACGGCAUUACCUUCUAUUUCUGCCAACUUGCUCUAGAAGUGCCACCUUCGAACCUGUAAUUUCAAAUAAUCCAAGAGGCUUCAAAUCACCAGAGCCCCAGUACAGUAAAAUAAACGAGGAGGAGGGAGGGGAGGGUACAGGAAACAAAUGUUAACUGCAAGGCCCAGCUUCCUGUUGCAUUAACUCAUCUGCAUGGUUGUUGUCAUGCCUUUCCUGUGAGCUUUUCUCAGUUCUGCGUUCUCUGCUUAAGCGUAAAGCCACGGCUUGCUGCCUUGGGUGUUUCACGUCUGGGAUUUUCCAUGCCAAACUUGUGGUUGCUGAGGAACACUUGGAGAGCACCUGCAACUGGCAGAGACCAGAGCAGGUUUGGGGAAAGCGUCCUUUGUCCAAACUGAAAAAGGAGAUGACAACUUUGAAUGGUGACGCAAUGGUACGUUCCCAAGUUGUGUUCCAGCGCCAGUCUUGUCUUUGAAAGUCCUUGAAUGCACAGCAGUUAUGGUGUCACUGGCAGGGCAAUAGGAAGACUGGUCAGAUUAUAUCACUUGCAAGAGACAGCAGGAAGCACAGAGGAUGGGUUCUGGCUUGGAGCAGGGGUGUUGUUUCUGUUUGUGUGUUUUUUGUUGUUUGUUUUCUCUCCUGUGCUUAAAUACUAAAAUGGAGUAAAACCCAUCAAAUUCCUUCUGUUCUACAAAUGAAUGUCCUUCAUCACAAACUUGUGCGUGUCAAGUGCAACCAAAGUGAAGCUUUAAAGGACCAUGGUUAUGAGAGAAACUUUAACUAACUGUGCCCUGAAGAUGGACUGCCACCUGCGUAGCUCAGAGGUUUAAAGUAACCUUCAACAUACCCUGUACAAGCAAGAACGAGAUAAAGGCAGAAGAUGACAUCGUGCCACAAUCUAGAUACCAGAUACUGUCUGUAAUUGAAGGGCUAAGAGCCCUUGUUUCUUUAACAAAAUAUGUGUAUGAUAGUGGUUUAAAAACAAGCACUGCAUUGACUCAUUUUGUACACCUUGUGCAUGACAAAUAUUCCAGUAAGUGUACUGUCAAACCAUAGACGUAGGCAAUUAUUCAUGUGUAAAGAUAUGCAUUAGUAACUUCAACUUACGGUUGUAAGGAGCUGUUUUAACUCAGUGCAGUCUGAAAAGGAGGUGCCUAUCUCCAUAGAAAGGAGUCUCCUGAAGCAUCAGCAGAGGACAAUGGAGGUGUUCUUCAGUCCAAGAAGUUUCAUUUCAGUGAAGUGAUUCAGAAUCUGGCCCUGGCUCCAAACACCGAGUGGAAAAGCAGGAAGCAAUAUGAUCUCCAGGAUGAAUGGGAAAACGCUGCGUCACCACUCUCACGCUCUGAAAAGUACUUAUUUCCCUGUGGAUGUUAUCGGUGUCCUAUACACAUUAGGUAGGUUUUCUGAUCCAGUGCUGAUCUGUAAGCUGCUGAAGGUCAAGCAGAUUGAUUGGGCUCUUUAUCUGCCUUUGUUGUUGUAUUUCCACCUUUGGUUUUGCUACUGACCCUUGUUUCUCCUUUGUGCCUGGAAAUGAAGCAAGGCAUUGAGGUGGUUCUGCUUCCAGAGGGGUGGAGGAUGGAGUGGUGGUGGGAGAGGGUAUGCAGAGGUAUCUUAGGACCAGCUGACUGGCUCCCCUCCGGGCAUGCUCACACCAGGUGAGAAGUCUGUGCUAGGCCAUGAAGGAUUCAACUGUGCAUGUUUGCUCCUCUUACUGAGCCUGUCUGCUUGGUGACAAGAACCUUGAUGUAGGUAUAGCAUAGAACUGUCUCUCUCAGCUGUAAAGACAUCACAAAGCAUCUGUCCAAAAGUUAAACCUGUCAUGAGAACUGUCUGAACUGUCUGCAUCUGGCUUCUUUUAGUAACAGAGCUUCAUUAGAGGAAUGUCUGUCUCACGUACAGUUUAUGCAACACUGUUUAUAAAGGAAGGGCCUGUGCACUUCAGGGAUACUAUGAAGAAGAAUGCUAAUAUAUGGUCAUUGAGUAUUUUGUAUUGAAUAGUGUCUUUGUAUUGUAAACAAGUGUAGUGAACCAAAAGGCAUGAAGACCAAUAAAAUGGCUGUAACUGACUCCCUGCGUGCUGGGUUCUGUAGCGACCGCACCACCCUCAGAGCACUGCUGCUGGCAAUCCUCUAUGACAGAGCUAGGAGACAUCUGAACUUCCAGGUAGUAUUCCAUAGCUGUUGUUUCACACCGUACCUGCCUGUGUAAUUUGUACAUAGGAAUAGAAGUAAAAGGGGAUGUAUGUGCUGUAUAAAUCUCAGGAAGCUUCUCUCUCCCGUACUAUUCACCGGGCUUUCAUUUUACUAAGACACCAAGAAACAGAUGUUGAACAAAGUCAUGUUCAGGACAUCACUGAGUUUGGUACAUUUUCAAAUAUAAAGCAAUGAUUUUUUUUUUCACAUUCAAAAUUUACAACUUUUAUAUUCAAUUAAAAACACCCCAUAAGCUAGAGUACAAUAUGCAGUAUUUUAAAUAGAGUCAAGAAAAAAUAGCUACAGUAGUAUUUAAAAUAACAUAAUAGCAGCAGAAUUCUGUCUAAAAAUAGGAUACUAACUUCAUUUAAAGUGUCUCUUCUUUCAAGUAGGUAAAAGCAAGCAGAUCAUUUAAGUAUAAGAUGAUCAUCUGGAACACAGAACCACCCCAAUAAUAGUGAGAUAAAGGUGAGCAAUUAAAACACAUUUCAUGUUUAAAACAUGGACAAGUACAAGCUGUUUUUAAAAGAGGCUGAUUUGCAAGUGAUGUCACAUCAACUUAUGUUACAAUGCUGUAUGUAAAAUUAUCAUUAAUUUAUCCUAAGACUCUUAGAAGAAAUUUAUACUGGAAACCGUACCAAAGAAAACAAAAAGAAACAGAAAUAAUUGAAGUGUUAGUAGCUUGCUUGAAAACCUAGCCCAUAACUCAUACUGCUGGCUGGGAUGGCCAUGCUGUAUUUGUACAGACUGCUGGACAGUUAUGUUGCGUAGCUCCUCUCAGGGUUUAUGUGCAUUUAAAAACUACGAUACCCAUUGCCUGCAGCACACCAAACCUUUAUAAAUGAGGGAGAGUUCUCCAUGAGAGUGCAAAGUGCAUCAUUUUAAGGAGUGCUUUGUAUAUAUACAAUACAUUUACUGCCUGACAUGCACUACGUUUGUGCUUUUUACUUAUUUGCUGUUUGCUUGGAUCACUGCAAAUACCUGCGUUAAAUUAUUUAUCAGCCCUUUUGGAUUCAGGAGAAGAUAAUGGCAGGGGAAAAAGAAGAGGAGGGAUCUGAUGAUAAAAUGUAGAAAUAUCUCACAACUGCUUGGAAAAAAAAAAGGGUUUUUUUUUUAUUGCUAGCAGCUGGUAUUGAAAUUGACAUAGUGCCUGGUGAACAGACUAAUUCACUCAUUAACCACCCCCUCUGUUCAAAAGCAGGCAAUGCACAAAGCAUUAUCAGUUCUUUACUACACAGAGGAAAAUCACUGAAAUACUGCAUGAAUCAGAAAGCAAAUCUAGAGAACUUUAGGAGUACUCGUUCUCCAGCUGGAGCAUGAUUCAUAUAACACAGCAUCUCAAAGCCAAGAUGCUUUUGGAAUUAUCUUCCCAGGUAAGAGCUGUUUCAUUACGAGAAACAGAGCAGUGGUUUGACUUCUUAAUGUCACGAAACUUUUGUUUGUUUAUAUAUGUCUCUAUAUACUUAGUGUGU